GGGAAUUUCUCAAACUCGCUCACUCACGAUUAAAAUAGUGGUUUUUCUUUAUCCUUAAUAUUUAAUUUUUGACACUAAUUAAUUGACUAAUUGAUAAUUAAUUAGACUUGUAAUUAAGUGUGACUUGUUGAAAUCAUGGCGGCACCGGCACCCUCCAUCUUUGGCACUCCCCCCGUACAACCUUCCGCCUUUACGUUUGGCACCACCACCCCGGCGGCGACCACGCAGCCGACUUUUGGACUGCCGACGUUACAAAAUACGGUUUUCGGGUCGACACCGAAACCUGCCGCGUCGUCGUUUACAUUCCCAUCGUUCAGUACGCCAAGUCAGCCGGCGACCACUUCGAUUUUUGGACAACCCCCGCAACAGCAGCAGCCACAACUGGCAUCUUUUACGUUAGGUCAAACACCCCCAACUUUUCAGUUAGGACAAGCCCAAACAGUCCAACUGCAGCAGCAGCAGCAACAACAACAGCAGCAAAUUGAUGAAGCACAAGCUUUUCAAGACUCAGUUUUUAAGUGUCAUAAAUUCGGGGAUGAGAGGGACUGUACGUUAGCAUCGUUAAACUACUUGCAGGCAUGUAUGGGGGCGGGGAAAGGGUACUACUCGCAAACACAGCCCCCCGUCCCGUACACCCAGCAAAAUCCGUACUAUCGAUACAAAGCGGUCGGGUAUGCUUUCAUGUAUACGGACAGUAAUGAAGAUGGGAUGGUGGUUAUCAACUUUAAAAAACCUCAAGAUAAGGUCACGACGGAGGAGAGUAGUAUAAUCACCUCGAUUCAGCAGUUGUUAAAUCGUCCCAAUAUUUUGAUCCGAUUCUCUGGGACGAAAGCGGUCAGUGAAGAGGCCACGGUAGCGAUUGUUUUUGCGGAGGAUAGAAAUACUCUGCGACGUGUUCCUGCAACCGACAUGUCGGCCGCGCUGUGUCAACCUCACUUGAAAACGCAGCUCGAAAAUUUGGGAGUUACUAAUGUCAGUCCGAAAGUCAAACCCAGUCCGGAACAGUUGAAGCGAUACUUGGAAAAUCCUCCGGAUGGAAUUGAUCCACGUGUUUGGAGCAGAGCGCAGGAAGAUAAUCCAGAUUCAAAUUUAAUGAUUCCAAUUCCUCUGGUAGGAGUGGACGCGUUAAAGAGUAGGAUUGAAUGGCAAGAGAAAGAAACCCUGCAACACCACGUCCGACUGAACUUUAUUGGAGAAGAAGUUGGUAGCCUUUUGAAUCGACAUGCCAAUUUGUCUGCCGAAUUACUGCAAAUGAAACGGAAGCACAUUCUACUGUCUCAUCGCUUAAUUUCCGUUAUUUGUCGCCAAGAACUAAUGAGAAAGCAGGGAACUAGCCUUAGCCAGGAAGAAGACACUUUAAGAAGAACCCUUGAAGAAAUGGACAUCGAGCUCAACUCUCCCACAAAAUACAAAGGUCGACUAAAUGAAUUACUGUCUCAAAUCCGUCUCCAUAAAUCUGCCGAGAGUAGAGCCAGUCCCCGCUACAAUGUUGACUCUGGAUCCCUCAUCUCCGUCAAAGACUUCAUGGCAGUUCAACAAAACAGCGUAAAGCAUCUCGUCAAUACUAUCAAAAGUGACCAAGAACACGUCAAAGACAUGUACGACGCUGUCACCACGACAUACAAGUUAUCUCAGUAGUAAAUAUGCAGUGAGAAAUUUAUUUGCACGCAUUUAAAUACAAAUGUUUAUUUAUAAUUAUCUCCGUAUAAUUUUUAUAUAAAAAAAUAAUACUAUGUAUUGUACAACACGCUGCGUGUCUGAAUAAAUGUAAGUACAAUGUUGGUAGAAAGAAAAUAAGCAUCAAUAAACAAACAUUGCAAUAAUAA